AUUUUAUGGGUCUUUAAUCAGUUUCACAUAGUCUUCAUCAGCAGGAGUUUGCUCAGUUCCCAUGGAGAUGAAUCUGUUGACAUCAAAGCACAGUAGCUGAAAACCCCUGGAAAAAAGCUAUUUUGGGUGUUUGUGGCUCAGCUGUGAAGCUGGGAGCUGCAGAAUGGACCUGGAGAAAACUGUUGAUGCCUUGCUGUCAAAAAAUGAACAACUGGAGCAGGAAAAUGAUCAGUUGAAGUCAAUGCUAAGCGUAGUCAAGGAAAACAUAGACCUGAGAGCCAAGGUGCUGCGCCUCAACAAUGAUUCUCUGGAGGACUUAACAGUCCCAGGAAGAAAACCAUCCAGUCUCUGGCAAAACACCAUUGAUGAGAGACAGUUCAGAAAAGACCUGCAACAAACCAAAUCUAACCAUGAACACCGAACCUCAUCCCCCAUCGACUUCAAGUCCUUUAUUCAAAGCUCAGUGCACACAGAUGCAAGUGAGAAAGCAGAGUUUCACAGUUGUAAGACUGAAGUUCCUGUUGUGGUCAAGGGUCCAGAAAGGCUGCUGGGAGAGAUUUCCUAUCAAUUAGAUAGGAGAAUUCUGUCCUAUGUCUUCCAGGGCCAUAGGAGGCUUUAUGGGUUCACUCUGCUCAAUAUACCAGCCAAAAUUAUAGAGGUAAGCACACACCCACUGACGGGGAAAGUGGAUGAAGGCUAUCAGCUUCAUCUAACUCAGAGGCACUCUGACCUUAUGGAGUGGCUGAACCAGUUUGGGUAUAAAACAGCACUUCACCCUUCAUUCACUGAGUUUGUUGUCAACAACUAUGGGAUCCUGAAAGAGAGGCCUGGUGAAUACAGUAACCAGGGAGUGGACUGCAAUAAUCCAGACUUUCUGAGGAGUGUGAUCAUAAAGACAGCACCGGGAAAACUCCAGAAGGAUCUGCUGCUUGUGCUCAUCUGCCUCUGCAAAAUGGCUGAGAGGGAUAAAAAGCCUCUUCUUCUCUGGUAGACAUGACUGUAUCCAAACACACACCAAAUCUGGCAAGAUUACACCAUACACAAAUUGGAAAUAAACACUAAUAGAUGAUA